GGCAGCGUAGAAUUGUGAGUGACGUCAGUACGCCUGCGCUUCUCUCAGUCAGUCUCCAUAUUUGUUGUGAAAGUUCACUACCAUCACCGCAGGGUUGCCAUGUUUGCUGCUUCAUACAGACGAGGAUUACGGCGGGCUAGAAUAAGGCGCAUUUUAAUGAACCAGGAUGGAGUUGUGGUGCGCAACAUUAGUCCCCCAGAUUACACAGAACAGCCUCCACCACCCCCAGCAUAUAGUGAAGUGUCGCCCAGGAGUGGCACAAGCAGUAUCUUAGAGACAGGUGAUACCCAAGCAGGCAGCACGGAGUCCUCGCGGGAAGGCGUAAGCAUUGGGUGUGAGGCCCAGGAAGGAGGAGGGGGGGUUGUUGAAGCACCAGCAGCAGGUGUAGCAGGGGGCAGCAGUAUGUUGAGUCGGGGCCGAUUACAAGAAGUCCACGGGAGGCUGGAGGCACUGAGAAAACGACAUGAUCAAUGGACUUGUUUUCUCUGCUGUCAUGUCCGCACUGGCACCAUUGUUAUUGGAUUUUGGCACAUGCUGUUACAUCUGAUGGCACUAUCAUUGAUUGCGGUGGUAGUGGUUCACCCAGAAAAGCUUACUCAGAGUGGUGGCCCUCUUGGAGGUCUUGGAUCAGGGGAUGAGCUGUCUGUCAAUCCACAAGAUGUAAAAGCUGUCAAUUGCGCAGAGAUGCCUUGUACUUUGGCUGCCCAGGGUGAUGGUAGUACAGAUGCAGCUGUUACUGACUUUUCCAUUUCCUUGGGGAACUUGAUAACAACACAUCGCCUCAAUACUGAUGAGGUUAAUGUUGCCCUCUUCAUCACACUCUGUACGUUUGUGGUAACACUCUUACUGGUGUAUGGAGCAUUCCGUGGCCAACCUUCACAUCUGAUGCCAUUUUUCUUUCUGCAAGUUUUUGACUUCUGUAUUUCAAGCAUGACAAUGAUUGGUUACUUGUCAUAUCUUCCAAACAUUCGUCAGCUGAUCCGUGAGACUCCAGCAUUUCCCUUCCAGCAACAACUUCUGUCGAUGAAUACAAAAUGCCUGACAUUUUUUGCAAUGCUCAUCUUCAUCACAACUCUAAUGACAAAGGCAUAUUGCAUCAGUAUUGUUUGGCGGUGUUACAAAUUCUUGAUGCUCAAGGCUCAAGCAGGACGGUCAGUACUGAGAUAUCUGGGUGGAGUGUCUGGACCAGUGGAUCAAGAAAGUCAGACAUUGGUCAUGGGGCAGGAUUUGCCUGAUUAUGAUACUGCUAUUGCUGAUCCACAGUACAGAAAGAAAUUAUCAGGUAUGUUCCCAGAGCCACCCCCUUCAUAUGACAUGGCAAUGGCAGCACUUGUUGCCCAGCAUGAUCUUGAAGAGGAUUAUGUGGACUCUGCUGGCGGUGUGUGCAGUGGUACGCGUGACCUACCUUCAGCUACUCAAGAGCAUUCAGUCCCUAUUUCCAGCAUCACCAGUGCUACUACAUCACAAUCUACCAUCCCUACUACCAACACCAUCUUAAACACAACCAGCUCUGCUUCCUUGAUCAUCAACUCUGCCACUGUUAAUUAAUCCUGAACUUAGCCAUGGCUAUGGCUAAUAAUCAGCUUAUUCUACAGUGAAGAUGGAGGCUUUCUGAUUUCAUUGGCAGUAGUAGGCUUUUAUUUUCAAAUGAAAUUUUGUGUACACUAAAGAUAUUUGUGACUGAGUAAAAGUACAGAAUGUCCAGAAAAGAAUGACAAUUUUAUUUAUUCCUUUCUUUAAUAAAAUACUGUUUAGAAUAAGGUUUUCAAUAAAAUUUUGAAAACACUUGAGUUUAGUUGUGGUCAACUACACCUUGAUCCAAGCACUGUUAAUGGCUUAUGUAAUGUCUAAAUGAGAGAGAAUCACAAUAUCACUUGAAACCUGGUGUGGUUGCAGUAGUUGCUAGUCUUACCAGGACUUUUCCACUUAUUUAAGGGACUUUUUUUUAUUCUUGAACUGCUGCUUCAGUUGGUAAAUGAAUUUACAAUUUUUUUUCCUAAUAAACAGGCCAUAUCCCACCAUGGCAGGGUGACCCAAAAAGAAAAAUGAAAGUUGUUUUUUUUUUCCAACCCCCUUGCUUCAGGCAUUUUAGUCACCUCUUACAACAUGCAUGGCUUAUGGAGGAAGAAUUCUGUUCCACUUCCCCAUGGAGAAGAAGAAAGGUUAUAUUCCAUAAAUACGUCCUAACUUGCUUUGCACCUUUGCCACCAAAUGCAUCACAGCUAGUCACUAAGUUGACUAACUUUUUUUUUUCUCUUGUGGUGUGAAAUACCAAAUUAAGCAUUUGCUGUAUUUUGUUUAAGCUUAGUGUUUUUGUUGUGUUAAACAUAAUGAAUAAUGUCAUUCUUGUCUGAACACCCUGUAUGUAAACAUACAUUAAGGCAGUCUAAUAUUGCAGCUCUAGUCACAAUGUGUACAGUUUAUAUUGCACUUAUUUGCAUGUUGGGAUAUAUAUAUAGGAUUCUUUUGAAGUGCAUUUGUAACCCAUUAAUUUGAAAGAAAUGUAAUUUAUAUCCUUAAAAGUGUUUUGCACUGUUACAGCCAAUGUUACGUGGGAAUUUUAGUGCAGUUUGAUAAGUUAAUACAGCAUAUUGUAAAAGCAUUGUAGCACUAUUCAAGACCUACCACGUUGAUUUGUGUUUCUUUUACAAGAUAGAUGAAUAUAUAUACGUAUAUAAAAUUAAAGUAUAUUUCAUUAUACAUAGUGUGAUAUUUUUUGUAAUUUGAGAAGUUGAUCAGCAAUAUUAGUGGGUAAAACUGUAAAGUUUAAACAAAUUUAAAUACAUAGCAGCCCACUAGUCAUUGUGAUUAAAUUGGUCAGUAUUUUAAUAUUCUCAAAUGACCUACUUUAAAGAAGAAACUUCAGACAUUUUAAGCACUCUUGGACCAUAUCAAAUCACAAUGGUUGUGACUCGGUAAUGGUUCAUGACAAACUGAAAGGUCAUCUAGUUUCUCCUCCAAAUUUUUUAAUUGUUCCUGUCAUAGUAUUGUGGCUUUCUUCAGUAUUUCAAAUGGAAUGCAGUACAGUAAGUUUCGUGAUUUCAAUUUUGAAACUGGUUUUAAAAAAAUUGAAGAGGUGUACUGUAAUUGAAAACAUUUAAUAGUCCUCCAUAUACAACUACAGCCUCUCCUCACUUAGUGAUGGAGUUCCGUUCCUAAGACCAUGUUGGUAAAUGAAUUCGUUGCUAAAUGAGGAGCAUACUAUAAUGGUAGUGGGUUUUUAUCAACCAUCUUUGAUAUUGUUUUAAUGUCACCUUUGCACCAUUUUUAACAUUUCUGGUAUAUUCUUAAAGGCUUAUACAGUAUGUACUGUAUAUUGUAAUAAACAGAAGAUUGGAAAUCUGCUCUCAUAUACAUUAUUUAGGUAUGUAUACUGGUCAGAGAGCCCGUCGUAAAUCCGAGGUGUUGGUAAACGAGUACAUCGCUAAGUGUGGAGAGAGAGUAAUUAUACAUCGAAUGUUUCCUGAUGUUAGUGUAACAAAUCUUCAAAGAAUUAGGUUCUUAUUUUGCUUUAGUCAUAGUUUUCUUACAUUUUUUAAUGCUUUUUCAUUAUUCCUUAACCAGAAGCUUUAUAUAUCUUAAGAUAGUGUAAUACAGAAUUUAGACUAUCAGACAUCAGUUUCUGUAUUGUGCUGUAUGUUGUGAUUAUCUAUUGAUUAUUAGUGCAGUUCGAUGUCUUAACACAGUAGGCUGAUUGAAGUGAGCACACAAAAAUAACUGACAAGAACUCCAGAUUUUAUUGCUGAAAGCAAGAUGGUUAGUGUUAAGUAAAAUUUUAAAUUCUCAAAUUAAUCUAUUUUUCAGUAGUAACUGGGUUUGCUCUAGGCUUUUCUAUGCAUUAAAGGUAUUCAAAUGUUUAUCACUGCACAUUUUUGUUAAGACGUCCAUGUGCUUUCUCUGUGUGGAUUCAUCAUGUAUUUAAUCAUGGUUUUUAAUUUCAUGAUCAUAUGUAUGCCUUAUUGUCAUUUCAAUAAACUGCCAAACAGAUAA